CAUCUGUCUGUGUAUCUGGCAUCGGAUCCUCCCAAAAAACAUCCAUAUCCACUUCCACACUCCCUGCGAGCACAGAGCUGCCGCUUCGCCGGUUCCUCGGCGACUUUUACCCCUAAGGAACUGCAUGUCUGAUCUUUAGACAUGUUCAGAUUAGCGGAUUCACGGACUCUCCUGCUACUCGUAGCAACGCAUUGCGUUUUGGUAUCCCUUGUGAGAUGUCAGCAAGAAGAUGACCUGUCGAUUAGUGCAAAGGGACAGAAAGGAGAACCAGGCGAUAUUGCCGAUGUUGUAGGACCAAAAGGACCCGCUGGCCCAAUGGGACCCCCAGGGGAGCAGGGAUCACGUGGCGAAAGAGGAUCUAAGGGUGACAAGGGAAAUGUUGGCCCCAGAGGAAGAGAUGGUGAACCUGGUACACCUGGUAACCCUGGACCACCUGGGCCCCCAGGACCUAAUGGCCCCCCUGGACUUGGAGGAAACUUUGCUGCUCAGAUGGCCACAGGUUUUGAUGAGAAGGCCGGAAAUGCUCAGAUGGGUGUGAUGCAGGGACCAAUGGGUCCGAUGGGCCCCCGUGGACCUCCUGGCCCCUCUGGAGCACCUGGCCCACAGGGUUUCCAAGGCAACCCUGGAGAGACUGGUGAACCCGGACCUGGAGGUGCCAUUGGACCCCGUGGACCAUCUGGGCCCCCAGGAAAAUCUGGAAGUGAUGGUGAAGCUGGUAAGCCUGGUAAGGGCGGUGAGCGUGGACCCCCAGGGCCUCAGGGAGCUCGUGGAUUCCCUGGAACCCCUGGCCUUCCUGGCAUCAAGGGACACAGAGGACACCCAGGUCUUGAUGGAGCUAAAGGAGAAGGCGGAGCUGCUGGUGCUAAGGGUGAAUCAGGUACCGCUGGUGAGAAUGGUUCUCCUGGACCAAUGGGUCCACGUGGUCUGCCUGGCGAGAGAGGUCGUCCUGGAGCUUCUGGUGCUGCUGGUGCCCGUGGUAAUGAUGGUCUGCCUGGUCCUGCUGGCCCACCUGGCCCUGUUGGUCCUUCUGGUGCUCCAGGUUUCCCAGGAUCCCCUGGUUCUAAGGGUGAAGCUGGUCCCACUGGUGCUCGCGGACCCGAGGGCCAACAAGGACAACGUGGAGAGGGUGGUACACCUGGAUCACCUGGACCUUCUGGUGCUUCUGGUAACCCUGGUACUGAUGGUAUUCCAGGAGCCAAAGGGUCUGCUGGAUCUGCUGGUAUUGCUGGUGCCCCAGGUUUCCCAGGACCCCGUGGCCCACCAGGACCUCAGGGAGCCACUGGACCUCUUGGGCCCAAAGGACAAUCUGGAGAUCCUGGCACAGGAUUCAAAGGCGAGGCUGGACCCAAGGGAGAGCGUGGAGUUGCUGGACCUCUAGGUCCUGCUGGGCCCUCAGGAGAGGAAGGCAAAAGGGGACCCAGAGGAGAGCCCGGUUCUGCUGGGCCUCUUGGACCUCCUGGAGAGAGAGGAGCUCCAGGUAACCGUGGAUUCCCUGGUCAGGAUGGUCUAGCUGGAGCAAAGGGUGCACCUGGUGACCGUGGUGUUCCUGGUUUGGGUGGACCCAAAGGAGGAACUGGAGAUCCUGGUCGCACAGGCGAGCCUGGUCUUCCUGGAGCUAGAGGUCUCACUGGCCGUCCUGGUGAUGGUGGACCUCAAGGAAAAGUUGGACCAAGUGGAGCCCCUGGUGAAGAUGGACGACCUGGUCCCCCUGGUCCUAUUGGAACUCGUGGUCAGCCUGGAGUGAUGGGUUUCCCUGGCCCCAAGGGAGCCAAUGGUGAACCUGGAAAACCUGGCGAGAAAGGUCUUCUUGGACGCACUGGUCUGAGAGGUUUGCCUGGUAAGGAUGGAGAGACUGGACCUUCUGGUCCUCCGGGUCCUCAUGGUGCUGUUGGUGAGAGAGGAGAACAAGGUCAGCCUGGUCCUUCUGGCUUCCAGGGUCUGCCAGGUCCUUCUGGGCCCCCCGGAGAGUCUGGUAAACCAGGUGACCAGGGUCUUCCUGGAGAGGCCGGAGCUGCUGGUAUCACUGGACCAAGAGGUGAACGUGGUUUCCCUGGUGAGAGAGGAGGUGCUGGCCCUCAGGGUCUUCAGGGACCCAGGGGUCUUCCAGGAACAGCCGGAACUGAUGGACCCAAGGGUGCUAUUGGACCUGCUGGAGCUUCCGGUUCUCAGGGUCCUCCCGGUCUGCAGGGAAUGCCUGGUGAGAGAGGAGCUGUUGGAAUCUCUGGAGCUAAAGGUGACAGAGGUGACAGCGGAGAGAAAGGACCUGAAGGUGCUUCUGGCAAAGAUGGAUCUAGAGGCUUGACUGGUCCAAUUGGUCCACCUGGUCCUGUUGGUCCCAAUGGAGCAAAGGGUGAAACUGGUACCGUUGGCCCAAUUGGCUCUCCUGGUGUCCGUGGUGCCCCUGGUGAUCGUGGUGAGCUUGGUGCACCUGGACCUGCUGGAUUUGCCGGACCUCCUGGUGCUGAUGGCCAGCCUGGAAUUAAGGGAGAGCAGGGUGAGUCAGGACAGAAAGGUGAUGCUGGAGCAUCCGGACCCCAGGGUCCAUCAGGAGCACCCGGCCCAUUGGGCCCAACUGGUAUUGCUGGACCCAAGGGAGCACGUGGAGCCCAAGGAGCCCCUGGUGCCACUGGUUUCCCUGGUGCUGCAGGAAGAGUUGGUACACCUGGCCCCAAUGGUAACCCUGGUGCUGCUGGUCCAGCCGGUCCUGCUGGAAAGGAUGGUCCUAAGGGCAUUCGCGGUGAUGCUGGUCCCCCUGGAAGAGCUGGAGAUGCUGGACUACGUGGACCUUCUGGUUCUCCUGGAGAAAAGGGAAUGCCUGGAGAGGAUGGUCCUCCUGGUGCUGAUGGUCCUUCUGGUCCUUCCGGUCUCGCUGGUCAGCGUGGUAUUGUUGGUCUGCCUGGUCAACGUGGUGAAAGAGGUUUUGCAGGACUCCCAGGCCCCUCUGGAGAGCCUGGCAAACAGGGAGCUCCUGGCAGUUCUGGUGACCGUGGACCUCCUGGUCCUGUUGGACCUCCUGGAUUGAGUGGACCCGCUGGAGAGCCUGGACGUGAGGGUAAUGCUGGAUCUGAUGGUCCACCUGGUAGAGAUGGUGCUGCUGGUGUUAAGGGUGAGCGUGGUAACACUGGCCCGCUUGGAGCUCCUGGAGCUCCUGGUGCCCCUGGUGCUCCUGGUUCCGUUGGCCCAGUUGGAAAGCAGGGUGACCGAGGAGAGAAUGGCCCACAAGGACCUGCUGGACCCACUGGAUCUGCUGGAGCUAGAGGCAUGGUUGGACCACAAGGACCUCGUGGUGAUAAGGGUGAGGCAGGAGAGGCUGGAGAGAGAGGACAGAAAGGACACAGGGGAUUCACUGGUCUGCAGGGUCUUCCCGGACCUCCUGGUUCUCCCGGAGACCAGGGUGCUGCUGGACCUGCUGGACCAUCUGGUGCUAAGGGACUUUCCGGACCUGUUGGACCUUCUGGUAAGGAUGGUUCUAAUGGUCAGCCUGGACCCAUUGGACCACCUGGACCUCGUGGGCGUUCUGGAGAAACUGGCCCUGUUGGUCCACCUGGUAACACCGGACCCCCUGGCCCUCCUGGUCCCCCAGGCCCUGGCAUUGACAUGUCUGCCUUUGCUGGGUUGGCUCACACCGAGAAGGGACCCGAUCCCCUGCGUUAUAUGCGUGCCGAUGAGGCCUCCAGCUCUCUUAGACAGCAUGAUGUAGAAGUUGGUGCCACACUCAAGUCCAUCAACAGCCAGAUCGAGGACAUCCGCACCCCCGAUGGCUCCCGCAAGAACCCUACCCGUAGCUGCAGAGACCUGAAGCUGUGCCACCCCGAAUGGAAGAGCGGUGACUACUGGGUCGAUCCUAACCUUGGCAGCAGUGCUGAUGCCAUCAAAGUGUACUGUAACAUGGAGACUGGAGAGACCUGCUUGAAGCCCAGCACUCCCAAGAUCCCACGCAAGAACUGGUGGACCAGCAAGAGCAAGACGCACAAGCACAUUUGGUUCGGCGAGAGCAUGAACGGCGGAUUCCACUUUAGCUAUGCUGAAAAUGGCCAGACCAGCACCGCCAACAUCCAGAUGAACUUCCUGAGGCUGCUGUCUACUGAGGCCACUCAGACCAUCACCUACCACUGCAAGAACAGCGUGGCUUACAUGGACCAAGCCACAGGCAACCUGAAGAAGGCCCUUCUCCUGCAGGGAUCCAACGACGUGGAGAUCAAAGCAGAGGGUAACAGCCGCUUUACCUAUGGCGUGCUGGAAGAUGGCUGCAAGAAGCACACAGGUCAGUGGGCCAAGACUGUGAUUGAGUACAAAACUCAGAAGACAUCCAGGCUGCCCAUCGUGGACAUUGCUCCCAUGGACAUCGGAGGAGAGGAUCAGGAGUUCGGAGUGGACAUCGGUGCAGUCUGCUUCUUGUAAAGAAAACCAAACCUAUGUGGAUUAUGAGAUAAGACAUGGAAAAAUACCAAUGAUGAGCAAUAAUUGUGAGGAUGCAAUACACAUUCCAAAUCAUGAAACAUGGAAGAAAAGACAAUUGAGUUUUUUUUCUCUAAAACGCAACCACGUUUAGCGCAAUGGAAUCCCUGCGCUAAACGGGAUCGUCCCAAACAGUCCCUCCCUCUGAAAUCCAGCCAUGUUUCCCGCAAGCCCUCCUGAUGGGAGCCAAGAGGGGGACGAAACAAGCGAGAGAUUAAAUGAAAGACAGAAACAUGGCUUGAUGUCAUCACGUCCUGCAGGGGUGGGCAGGUGAUGCUGUACAGCGUUAUGGCUGGAUACCACAGUAGUCCCUCCCACUAAAGAAGGCCACGCCCAGUUCCAUUUCACCCCUCCCUCUGCUUCUUGACUGUGACUCAGAAGAAACAUCACAUUCUGCAAGAUUUUGUGAAAUGUUAAAUCUGAGGAGGGAAUAAGUUAAUAUUUACUGUGUAUAAUAACAAAAAUCUCGAUACGUACGGAAGCAGCCAGAUCUAUAUAUUUUCACAAUUAUAUAUGUUUGUGUGUAAGCAUGUGCCUGUUCACACCAACAUUAUUUUGGGGGAAGUGCAGUACCAUUUCAUUUUUCUUUUUCUUUUUUUGGUCCUUUUUGUGUACCUGCUUCCCUUGGUUGCCCAUAAAAGGAAGUUUUGAUCCCUUGACAUAAGAGCAAACAAAAAAAUCAAAUAAAUUUGGAACCAAUUUCUAUUUUUGUUUAUUUGCAUGAUCUUCAUUCUUUAAAGAAAAGCUACCUCACACAGAAAAAACGUCAAAAUCUGGAUUUGAACAGAAGCAGCCUGGGCCACGAGAAUGGUCAGGAAAACGCCCCGGCAUGGCUCAGUCCAGAAGGUGCUAUUAGUUUCCAUCUUUCAGUCAGUAUUCCCAAAAUUCCCAGAUCACCCCACUCCCUAGCUAGCCUCAUUCAACACACACAGCCUGCUCGGAGGAUGCGGAAUCACACGGGAUGAUCAAAAGACAGAGGGACUCUUUUGGGAAUGCCGGAAGUUUGCUCCCAAAGCAUCUCCGUAGCGCUGAGCAGGAUGCGUGUGUGU